CAUCAAUGCGGCACUAUAGGUCCUGGCGUACGCAAAAACCUCGAGUCAAGUUCUUACCGACCAGUAUUCAAGAGUAUAUCAGGUUUAUUUGCAUUUUAGUUUCUAGAAUUCUUAUUGCAAUGUCAAUAUAAUAUUGUACAAGGCAACAGCAAGGACAGUUGUAACUUAAACACCAACAAAAUGACUGAAUUAAUCUAUGCUUCGUUAGGACUAUUAAUACUUAUAGCUACAUACAUAUAUUAUCGCCAUCAAAAUUACCUCCCAGGCCCAUGGAACUUACCAGUAAUUGGUUAUUUACACAAAAUAGAUCCAAGACAGCCCAACUUGACGUUUUUAAAACUAGCCCAAAAAUAUGGUCCAAUCUAUAGACUAAAGCUUGGGUUGUUUAACACUGUAUUCAUCUCUGACGCAAAAUUACUAAAACAAGUGUUAAUGAAGGAUGCAACUCUUUCAAGACCACCUCUUCAUCUCUUUGGAAUUAUACUUGGAGAUAAAGGAAUUAUAUACUCGCCUCCUGAUACGUGGAAAAAUCAAAGAAAAUGUGUAAGUAACUUCCUAAGAGUGUCAGGUGCCACCAAAAUGUCCCCAAACAACGAAGCCUUAGAAAAUCAAAUAAAACAAAGUGUUCAAGAUUUUAUCCAAUAUGUCCAGAAUCAAGGUAAUCCUGUAACAUUAAAUCCAACAGAAGCUGUAAUAAAUUAUGUCACUGACAUAACCAGCAGCUUAAUUUUAGGGACACGUAAUAAUAAAUUAGUGAAAAUUCUAACACAUAAGGUCUUUAAAAUAAUGAAACAAUGUCAAGUCACUGGACCAGUGAAUUUCUUACCAUUUUUGCGUUUUCUACCAAAAUAUAGAAAGGGCGUAAAGUCACUUCAAGAUUUAAUGAACGAAAUUUUUACCACACUUGAUAAAAUCGUCUGUGAAAAUGAGACAGCUAACAACGACAAGAAAUUAACGAACCUUGCCGAUACAAUCAUGUUGGAUAAGUCUGUGGACAAAGUGUGCAAUCCUGAUCAACUGGAACUUUUAUAUAACAUGUUUGGUGCUUCUACUGAAACUACCAUUACUUCUAUAUUGUGGGUUUUACUGUAUUUGGCACACUUCAAAGAAGUCCAAAAUAAAGUUCGGAAAGAAAUUUGGGAUAUUCUUGAAGACAAACCUCCACAGAUAGACGAUAUACCAAGACUACCAUAUACAGAAGCCACUUUAGCUGAAGUGGCUAGAAUACGAACUUUAUUUCCGUUGGGUUUUCCUCAUUAUACCACAGACGAUGUUUGUGUCGAAAAGGUGACAAUUCCGAAAAAUAGUGUCAUAAUUCCGUUGCUGUGGGCAGUCCAUAUGGAUCCAAAAGCAUGGCGAAACCCUGAAGAUUUUUGUCCUGAACGAUUUUUGGACGACGAAGAAAAAUUUUACCAACCUGAAUCAUUCCUUCCGUUUCAAGCUGGUAAAAGGAUUUGUGCCGGUAAAGACGUGGCAAAUAUGAUAGUCUUUAUGUUUGUGGCAACUGUCUUACAGAAAUUUAAAUUGGAGAGUGGUAACAAUUCAGGGUCUGUAGAUCUGUCCUACGAUUGUGGUAUGACCACAUUACCUAAACCACAAGAUCUGAUUUUUGUGAAGAUAUAGAAGAAAAUUUGAUGUGACAAUGUUUGUACCUAUAUCUGGUUUUGACUAUUUUGUUAUUAACAUAUUAAAUGGGUUUAUGGUGUUAUUAUGAGUAAUUAAUAAAAUAAUAAAGCGAA